AUGGCACCGAGCAGCAGCGAGCGCUUGACGGACGCCGUGCGGGCGCUUCUUCCGCCGGCGUUCGAGGUCGAUGCGAUCCAGAAGAUGGAACGCACAGAGGACCGAAGGCUGCUCAUGGCAGCGCUUCUCCACGACGUGGUCGCGAUCACGGCCACGCCCAGCGCUGAGGCCACGCUGCGCAACGUCGUCCGCAGCACGCCGCCAAGCAAGACUAGUACGACGCCGGAUGCGCUCAAGGACCGCGGCAAUGCUGCCUUUAAAGCCAAACACUUCAAGGAGGCCAUUGCAGCGUUCUCGGAGGGCUUGCGGCUACUGACGAUCGACGACGAGCCGACGGCGCAGCUCCAGAGCAUUCUGUUUACCAACCGAUGCGCCGCAUGGCACGCACUCGGAGCGCUCGAACACGCGUUUGCCGAUGCGACGCGCGCGAUCACGAGCUAUCCGCCGUACCCAAAAGCGUGGUUCCGUCGCGCCAAGGUCCUCGAGGCGUGCGUCGCAACCGAUUCCACUCUCGCCGCCACGCUCUGCGCCAGCCUCCGUCCCGAGGUUGAGCCAUUGAACAUCGCGCGAGACGAUCUCGCCAUGGCCAAGGCGCUCGUCGAGACGCCGCGAGCCGUCGAUCCCUUCAAGGCCGCGGUUGUUGUCUUGCCGCCGCCCCUCGCCGAGACCAUCUAUUCGCACCCAGCCUACCACAAACACGUCCGCGUCGCCACAUCCGAGCUCGCCGGCCGGUACCUCGAGGCCACGCAACCGAUCCCAGCGGGCACAGUCGUGCUCGUCGAAGACCCUGUCGCGUCGGCGGGCCUCGACCCCGUAACGCGCUGUGAGAGAUGCUUUGCAGUCUGCGCGAACCUCGUGCCGUGCGAUGCGUGCGCGUGCGCUGUCUACUGCAGCGACGUCUGUCGCGCGGCUGCGACCACCUGGCACGACGCGCUUUGCUCGAUGCACCUGGACUGUCCGUCGCGGCUGCUGCUGCGCGUCGCCAUGCAGUUUCGCGUCGAGUCCGCCGUUAGCAUCAGUGAUGAUGUGCGGCCGUGGCGUCGCGACGAUGUCUACGAGCUCAAGCGGCUGCUCCAUUGCGCGCCGCUUCCAGGAGAUAUCGCCCGCACGGUCCCGGAUCUCGUCAUAGCACUACCGACGUGGACGGUCGACGGCUCUGCUUUCGCAUUGUGCAACAGUGGACGCGUGGCCGGCUACGCCUUUGUGUCGCACUUGGCGACCGAGUGUCUCGUCCAUCUCUACUGCGACGAGGCGUGCUUGCAAGUACCGUCGACAUGGCUCCAAGGCGUCGUCUCUCGGGUCGCGCCCGAGCAGCAUGUGAGAGUGCGCUCGACCAGCCGCGUGCUUCUUAGCGCGCUCCAGUCCGAGACCGACACGUGGACAAGGGUUACGCCGAACGAGUUCCGCUUCAUGGGCCACCGGCAUGACGAGCUGUUGACGCUCCACGACGAUGUCGAGAUGGUCGCGCCAUCCACGCUCGUGGCGCGCGUCCUCUACGCGGCCGCCCUCGCGUCAAGUCGAAACCAAGUCAGUGCGUCGACAACCGAAGAGAUGGCGCGUCGCCUUCUUGCCGCCGCGAGUCGCGUCUCGAUCAACCAAGUCGCGAUCACGACAACGGCAUCUGCCAUUGCGCAGGGUGGCGUCGACGUGGUGGGCCAGGCCCGGCUCGGCACCGGGCUCUUUCCCGCCAUGGCCAUGUGCAACCACUCGUGCGCCCCGAAUGCGAGCGUGCACUUUGAUGGGCGCACGCUUCGACUCGUGACAACGCGGGCCGUGGCCCAAGGCGACGGCAUCGCCAUCUCGUACGGCCCACACCGCGCCAAGAUGCCCACGGCGGAGCGGCAGCGAAUGCUCCAAGAACAGUACGGGUUCGAUUGUGCCUGUGCUGCCUGCCAAGCACCGGUCUCAACCGAGAGAGAUGAAGGAAUCGGUCGCUUCCUCGCAGCGACCAAGCGCGCGGCCGAUGCGAUUCAUGAGAGGCUUGCGCGUGGCGAUGACACGGCGGCGCUGCACACCGCAGUCGAUGCACUUGUCGCCAGCCGCGUCACGGCACUGCCGCCCAACCACCUCGCGAUCGCCGAGGCUUUGGACCUGCGCGCGCAGCUGUGGGCGGUGCAGGGCGACUUUGCUGCCGCGUCGGACGCGUGCGUGCAAGCGAUUGCGUUGCUCGAGGCGCACUACGACCCUCUCGACGCAGAGCUCGGGCACGAGUACUUGAAGGCGGCACAGCUGCUCUUCAACGCCGAGCGCUGGCCGUCCUGCCGCGUGUACCUCGGUCGGGCCAAGAGGUCGCUGGCGCUCCACCUCCCCGCGACCGAUGCACUUUUUCGAGAGAUGGCCGAGAUGCACGCCUACGUGGCCUCAAGGACAUAG